UCGGGGUGCGGGUGUUCGCCUCUCAGCUGACACCGAGAAACAACCCGGUACCCGCCGCCGCUGUCAGCCGUGCAUUUUAUCUGUUACUGGCCGGUGUUACUGCUGCUGUCACCGCCGUUGUGUCUUCUCUUCUGGCAUAAACGUCGAUCGUAUUUUCGGGAUGCUAAAAUGUUCUGAUUCACCCUGCAAGCGAUGAAUGAAACGAGCGCCGAGGGGACCGGAGCGGCGGAGGUUCUGUUGACUGCGGGCUGCCGAGUCCCGCUAGUCGGGCUGGACGGAGGAUGGAGUCGAGGCUGAGCGGGGAUGGCAAGCCGUCCGUGUCCUGGUUCCUCCUCGGCGCUGCCCUCGUUUUCUCCCUCCUGACAGUCUUAGUGAGCUGCCACGAGACCUGCAAACACCGAGCCCCCUCUCCCGAAGAGGUUGUCCAUCAUGUGUACUUGAAACCUGAGCGUUUGACUAAGAGAAGCUCCCCUGACGACCUUCAGCUGAAGAUAAAGAUCAUCUACGACUACAGUGUUGACCAGCUUCCUGCAGACAAAAGGAGACUGGUGAAGGAUAAACUGUUCCCUCAGGCCAUCGACUACCUGCAGAGGGCCUUCAGUGUGAGGCGCAGGGUGGGGCCUGUGCUGCUCAGCAGACAAUGUGCAACCAACCAGUACCUCAGGAAGAGAGAUGACCCUCACCGCUACUGCCAGGACGCGUGUGCAGACGUCACCCGGUGCGGCCCUAUCGUCGUACCACAGCACCACCUGCAGCAAUGCAAGGUGUGCAGUGAGUCUGGGAAAUCGUGUGGCCCCUCAGGACCCCCGGACGGCCCCGGGGUGGAGGGGUCAGACUUCGUGCUCUACGUCAGUGGGAUCACCACAGAGCGCUGUGGACAGGAGAACAUAGUGGCCUACGCUGCUUACUGUCAGCUGGAGUCAGAGCUGGACAGACCCAUAGCAGGCUAUGCCAACCUGUGUCCUGCUAUGAUCUCCUCCCAGCCUCAGGAGUUUGAGGGGAUGCUCUCCACGGUCAAACACGAGAUCAUCCACGCUCUGGGGUUUUCAGCCGGUCUGUUUGCCUUCUACCACGACGACGAGGGCAAACCUCUGACUCCUCGCUUCGCCAGCGGCCUGCCUGCCUUCAACGAGAGCCUGGGUCUGUACCAGUGGAGCGAGGCAGUGAUCAGGAGGGUCAGCAGGCUGUGGGACAUCAGAGGAGGAGCGAUGGUCCGACACCAAGUCCACGUCCUGGUCACUCCUCGUGUCGUGGAGGAGGCGAGGAGACAUUUUAACUGUCCCAUCCUUGAGGGAAUGGAGCUGGAGAACCAGGGAGGGACUGGAACUGAACUGAACCACUGGGAGAAGAGACUCCUGGAGAACGAGGCGAUGACGGGCUCCCACACCCAGAACCGGGUGUUUUCCCGGCUGACACUGGCCAUCAUGGAGGACAGUGGCUGGUACCAAGCCAACUACAGCCUGGCUCAGAGGCUGGACUGGGGCCGUGGCCUCGGCUGUGACUUUGUCUUGAAGAGCUGCAAGUUCUGGAUGGACAGACAGAGACACAGGCGCCACGCCGUGACUCCGUACUGCGACACCGUGCGAGCCUCUCCUCUGCAGCUGACCUGCAGACAGGACCAGCUGGCCGUCGCUGUCUGCAACCUGCAGAGAUACCCACAGGAGCUGCCGCCGGAGUACCAGUACUUCGAACGGAUCCCAGACGUGGCUGUCGAUCAGCUGCCGUUCUUCGGCGGAGCUGUGGAGAUCGCUGACUACUGUCCCUUCAGCCAGGAGUUCAGCUGGCACCUCAGUGGAGAAUAUCAGAGAAACUCCUACUGCAGAGUGUCUGAGAACCAGCCAGACUGGUGGAGGAAUUAUGGAGCAGAGCAGUACGGACCAGACUCUGUGUGUCUGUACCAGAAGUCGGCGUUUGUGAUGGAGCAGUGCACCAGGAAGAUGACGUACCCCGACUGGGGCUCUGGAUGCUACAAGGUGCCGUCAGUCAAAUCCUCAGCAGGUGUGAUGUGUUCAGCUCAGGGCCUGACGGUGUUCGUCCAGGAUCGCUCCUUCCUGUGCGGCCGUAAGGGGCAGCUGCUCAGCGUCAGCGUCAGGAUCAACGACUGGGUGUACAACGGCGUCCUGAUCUGCCCCGCCUGCACUGACUUCUGUGCUGACUGUCCGCUGCCCCACCAGCUCCCGCCCAUCAACACCUCCAGGAGUAACCCCAUUGACCCGUGCUCCAGUUCUCCAGGUCUGGCUGUCACUCUGUGGCUCCUGCUGCUCAACCUGCUCCCUCUAGUGGCUGGACUGCUGCUCUGCCACUGCAGCUGAUAAAACACACACACAAACUAAGAAGCUAAGGUAGCUGGACAUGUCUGUGACACGUUCUCACCUGCAGUCCUCUGUACCUUUGGGCUGCAGACGUUUCCUCUUCCCUUUCCACCUUCAAAAAGCAUCGUCCUCCCUCCUCCCUUCAUUUCCUUCCUUCCUCUGUUCUUGUGUCUGUUUUUUUUCUCCAUCAUUCCUUCCUCAGGACCUCCACUCUUUCAUUCCUCAGUUCAUUCCACAAACGAAAUAAGGAUAAAGCCUCAUGUCUUCAUGUCUCACCGCUGUCAGGGAUCCCUGUGCAGCAGUUAGUCCUCUGGAUCCUCCGGGUUUUACCUUCAGAUCAGCUCUUUGGCCCGGCGCAGCGGACCGGACGUUUGCUCAUGACGCAGCAGAAAACCUGAUGGAUUCACUCUGGGAUCAUCCUGCUUCAUGAAUUCCAUCUUUUUUCCUUCAUGCUGUGGCGACAGAAUCGCUCAUCACAAGACGUGAGACGGCGGGUCGUCCCGAUUCGAAGCCCAUCCCUGUGUCCCAUCAGCCCAAAGCAGGAGCGACGUUCAGGAGUCGGACUGCAGAAUUGUUUGUGACGGUUUAGGUAUUAAAAAGUGCGUUUACAACUUUUAAGCUGAAAGAGCCUCUGAAUGAACCAACGUCUGUGUGGAUGGCGACCCCCAGUGGCAGCAGGAGGUAACUCUUUAUAUUUUUUAGGUUUGUAGGAUCUUUAAGAAAACGUGUAGUGUAAAUAUAAAUAUGAGACGCAUCCUGUUUCUUUUUAGCCAGGCGGUGGUGAAGAUGAUGGAUUAAGCCUCCUCCUUACAGGCUGCUUGAGAUUAAACCCAUUACUAAUUUUGCUCUGAGCAGAUUUCUGUGAUCUGAGUCCUUUGGGUAUUUGCUGAUUCCGAGUCAGAUCUGACACUUCUAUUUAAACAGAUGUUUAUUUAAGAUGUUUCACAUGUUAAACAGCUCUAGAAAUUAAAUGUGACGCAUCCUUUUUUUUCACGAGCUACUGGAUUUUCAGUGAUCAGCUGAAAGGAAAUUCUCUGUUCACCAAACGCUGUUUAUUCCGAUAAAAUGCGUUUUCAGUGCAGGACUUUCACCUGUAGUCGAGCGUUCUUACAGUGGAGGAUCAGGACUUUUA